ACGUAAGUGCUGACGAAAUAUGGUCUGUUAUAGCGGAACUAAUUGAAUUCUGUACCGGUAACAUUGUUAUAUAACUAAAGACAUUAAUCAUAUAAUAAAUUAAAACAAGAUCAUUCUUAUCAAUGUUGCUGUGAUUACAGUAGAAUAUAUUUAAUAUUGUGCGAAGAUAGUGAUUGAAAAAUGGGAAAGGCAAAAGAAAUUCGUGUAUCGCAUUGGUACUUUGGAGGUCUAGCUUCUGCUGGAGCUGCUUGUAUCACUCACCCUCUGGACUUAUUGAAAGUUCAAAUGCAGACUCAAAAAGGAAAAAACAUUUCGAUGUUUCAGCUUACUGGAAUAGUUUUAAAAAAUCAAGGUGUCAUGGGGCUUUACAACGGUAUCUCAGCAUCUCUGUUACGUCAACUCACAUAUUCUACAGCCAGAUUUGGAAUUUAUGAAGUAGCAAAGCAACAACUUACACCCAAAGAUGGCACUGCAAUACCAUUCUAUAUGUCAGCAUUUUUAGCUGGCUUAGGAGGUUUUGCUGGAGGCUUUGUUGGAAACCCAGCAGACUUAGUAAAUGUUCGCAUGCAAAAUGAUGUUAAACUUCCACCAGAGCAAAGAAGGAACUAUAAGAAUGCAAUUCAUGGGAUAUAUCGUGUAGCAGCACAAGAAGGUAUCCUGCGUUUGUGGGCUGGGGCUUCAAUGACAUGCAGCAGAGCAGCGUUAAUGACUAUUGGUCAAUUGUCAUUUUACGACCAAAUUAAGACAAUAUUGCUAGCAUCGCCUUAUUUUGGUGAUAAUGUGGCAACACAUGUGAUGUCAAGUUUGCUAGCUGGAGCCAUUGCAACUACACUCACACAACCAGUAGAUGUCUUAAAAACAAGAGCAAUGAAUGCAAAACCAGGUGAGGUUAAAAGCAUUUUUAAACUGAUUCAGAACACUGCCACUGAGGGACCUCUAGCAUUUUUCAAAGGCUACAUUCCAGCAUUUGUAAGACUCGCCCCGCACACUAUCCUAACAUUUGUUUUCUUAGAACAGCUAAGAAUGAACUUUGGCUAUAUUAAGAACAUAGAUGUUUAAAGUUUUACUUUUAUACUAACAAAACUUUAACACUAAAUGGCCUUGUUAUAUCAUAUUCUUCAUUUUGAAAAAGGGUAUAACCGCAACAAAGUUUUUAUUGUUAUAUUGUGGUGAUUAAGUUUUUUAUACAAAGAAAGUAUACAAUUUUCUGAUAAAGAGAUAAUAUAAUAUAUCUUUUAGGAAAAAAAAAUUAGAAUUGAGUGUUCAAACACCUAAUGGGUGAUGCUUCAUAGAUUUCACUUUUGGCUGAAUUUUAUAUUUGUAGCUGCAUUUAGAUUGUCUAUAUCUUAGGUAAAUUCUAAGAGAUCUGUGUUGCACUAUAUUCGAUAAUAUUAAUAUAUUAUCACAUUUUUAUUUUUUACAUGCUUUAUUUUUUUUUUUAAUUUUGUUACUUUUUUAUAUAAUAUAAAAGUUACCAUAAAUAUAGAAGUUUCAACGAAAGUCAUGUAUGUAUCAUAUUUAUUUGGCUGUAAGUCAAUAGUGUCUCAAAGAGAACAGAUAAAAGCAGAAUAUGAAGUUUGUUAUAUUUGAUAUUGUUUUCACUUUAUUAGUACAUAUUUUUAUUAUAAACAUCUAGUGUAUUAAUUAUUAUACUUUUAUUGAAUUUUGAAAUUAAUUUUACAAGAAAACUUUCAGAAUAUUUUUAAUUAUUAGUAUUUGAAUACAAAUUAUGUAUUUAACCUUAAUAUAUAAUAAGUUAUAAAUAAACAUUCUGCAAGAGAAUCAUAUAUUUUUUGUGAGAUGUAUGAGUUAGACAUAAAUAUAUACACAAAAUUAUUCAUAACUCAAACCUGCCAAACCAUGGCCUAUGAAAGUAGAAUGUUAUAUUAUAAUUGGAUAUCUCAUAUAGAGACAUGACAUAUUGAUAUAAAUAUUAGAGAAUUUAAUCUAUUUUUUAAACUACCAAUGUAAUUUAUAUUAAUCAUGUAUUAAUAAAAAUAUACCAAAUAAUUAUCAUGAAAUCUUCUGAAAUUAUAUGAUCCAGAGUAUGAUAAACAUUUGAAAUAACGUGUAAUGAUAGAAAUAUAAUUAAAAAUACAUGCACUCCAGUGCCAAAUUUAUUGUUAAAUUUAAUAGCAAAAUUAUGACUACCAUUUAUUUUCCAAUAAACUUAUUAUUUAAUAUAAUUUGUGUAUAUUGUGAUCUUAUAUUUUUUGACAGUCAUUUUACAUUCCUGCAUAACUUUUAUAGAACAUAAAGUAUUAUAUUAAUUAUAUUAUUAAUUUAUCUAAACAUGAAGAAGCAGUACAAUCAUUUAUUUAUUUAUAAAUAAUAAACACAAUUAUGUUUUUUAUAUAUAAAAUAAUGCAAAAAAAUAUGUUCAAGUGUAAUGUAGUGUGUAGCAUGUUUUUUUAUUUAUUUUUGAAUGCAUGUAUUUUUUUACAAACAACAAAAUAUAUUUAUACAUUAUGAUAUCUAUUAUGUGAAUUAUCCAAUAAUGUGACUACGAAUCCCAAAUGUAAAUCACGAUACCUUAAAAUUUAUCUUCCAAUUUUAAAUUAGAAAGAGAAUAUGAAGUUUUUAUGUCUUUAUGUAAGCAAAUGUAUAAACAAUCAAUUUUGUUUUGAUAGCCGUAGUAUAUUGUUACAGAUUUUGACAAACGGUCCUUGUUGUUAGUCGUUGUGCAUUAAAAUGUUAAACAUUGA